CUCCCUGUCCCCUCUCUGUCACCUCACAGUAGUCGUUGCCGGUAGCAGGUGCGGGGGCGCGAGCAGCGCAGGGCGGCCUCUCCCCCGCCCCUCAGGCCGGGCCCGGGCUCGGUCCCCCCGCUCCCUCCGCUCCCCCGCUCCCCACCCCCGGCGGGUACGGGAAGGUCCUAGCCGCUGCCGGGUGCCCGAGGGCCGUCGUGGCCGCCGCCGCCACGAGUCCCAAUGGAGCCGCCGAACCUCUACCCGGUGAAGCUCUACGUGUACGACCUGUCCAAGGGCCUGGCCCGGCGGCUCAGCCCCAUCAUGCUGGGGAAACAACUGGAAGGCAUCUGGCACACCUCCAUAGUUGUGCACAAGGAUGAGUUCUUCUUCGGCAGUGGCGGUAUCUCCAGCUGUCCCCCGGGAGGGACAUUGCUUGGGCCCCCAGACUCUGUAGUCGAUGUGGGGAGCACAGAAGUCACAGAAGAAAUCUUUCUGGAGUACCUGUCCUCCCUGGGGGAGUCUCUGUUCCGAGGUGAGGCCUACAACCUCUUUGAACACAACUGUAACACCUUUAGCAACGAAGUGGCGCAGUUCCUGACUGGGCGGAAGAUCCCUUCUUACAUCACUGACCUGCCCUCCGAGGUUCUCUCCACGCCCUUUGGACAGGCGCUUCGGCCCCUCCUGGACUCCAUCCAGAUCCAGCCUCCUGGAGGGAGCACCGUGGGCAGACCCAACGGCCAGAGCUAACAGGACUGCAUGGGACCGCCCUGCCUCACCAGGGCUUUUCCUUUUUAAACAAAACAAACCCUACCAGAUUUCUAUUUUAUAAUUUUACAUCAGAGCUAACAACCAGGGGACGGCUUUUUAAAUUUCCCAGGGAAGGAGAUCAUCAGGCUGCAUGUAGGACAAUGCUGCUAAGAAACAGAACAAAAUGCCACCCCUUCUAAUAGUAUUAUACUAAUUUAUUAAGGCUGUCUUGUCUGUGAGUUCACUUUUGACGCUGUUUCCUAAGCGUCUUCCACACUGGAGAAAGGGAGGGGGUUUGUUUAAGCAGAAAGCAAGAGGCAAAAUUUGGGGGAGCCCCAACCUAGAACCUCCUUCCAGAGAACACUCACGCUCUACCCAAGUUGCCAACACCUGUGGGACUCAGGUGAGUUUUAUAACAUUCAUGACCUAGAAGCAGUCACUUUCUGGCAUUAAAUGAACCAAAGGAUUUGGUGCACAUGGGACCAGUUUCAGGAUGACUAAGCCAACCUCAGUGAACUCUUCAGCUACAACCAUCCUCACCGUCCCUCCCCUGCCCCAAGCAAGGCCAGGGCUGGAGCAGCCAGAGCCUCAGGAGAGUGAUAGCAAGUAUCAGGCCAGAGAAAACAGGAUAAAGCCAUUCCUCCUUCCACCUGCGCGGAUUGCCAGUACUUUGCCGUCAGUUUUGGGAAACCUGCCUUCCUGCCCGUGAGGCUCUCUCCCUCAGCACAGCUGAUGCAUCAUAAGUGAUGAGGUCUGGGCUGGAGUGGCACAGACCCAGGCCUUUGUCUGCAAGUAGUGAUGUAGGUUAUGUGUAGUCUCUAUAACCACCACCAGACUGAUGUGGUAUUCAGUUCGGGACCAAGGGACAUGAUUCCCUGCUCUAGGAAAAUAUCCCUGGUGUAGAAAAAAUGACGCAGAAUCAAGGUGGCAAGAAAAUUUAGAAUUGCUUCUGAUGGAGACUUGUACAUUAUCCAAAAUGCGUUUUGAAGGUACACAUUAUUUCCGUUGUCAUUCUGACUUUAAGGAAGCACUAGGCGUGAGUGGGCAUUUUCCUAAUGACUUGCUGCUUGGAGUUGAUAGGUAGGGAACAGUCUGGAAGUCUCUGAUCUAGAGAGGCUUUCAGAUUCCCUUUCUUCAUGUGAGCCUCCCAUUAGUUUUGGGGGAAUUGCAUUUGGAGAAAGGGACUCAGAGCUCCCAGAUGCCUGAGACUCAGCUCUGGCAUCCUUGGGCCCCUCCUGCCACUGCUCAGACUUGAAUUAGGUUGUUCCUUCCUGGGCCUCUGGCCUGCAGCAGGGGCCUUUCUUCUCCAAAAAGCUGCUGCUCAUCUCUGGCCCUAUCCCCUGCUAUCUUUGCCAGUAGCCAUAGCAGAUGGCAUCAUUAGGGUCUCAGCUAGAGGAAAAGAUGUCAUUCUGCCUUAGUGUUUGCCUGAGACCUGACUACGGCAUGUCCAGCUAGACUGUCAAGGGACAUUUUAGUUCUUUAAGACUGGAGGCCAAAUAAGUGAACAGUUUAAUUCUUCUCAAGACCCAUGGAUUUGCCAGUGUGGAUGGAAGUGACAAAUUAGAGCAGAGACUACCAGGGACUAUUGUAUAAGGGUGAUCUGCUGGCAGAACUGGGCCCAAGGAGAAUGGGUUUCAGAGGCUGGGUUUCUUCUGGGAGGGCAGCAGGUUGGUCUAGGCCAGCACUCUGCCUCCCACUGGUGUUCUUCCUCCUCCAGCUUCCUGGCCCAGCCCUCCCUCUGUUCCAGGCUCCUACUGCAGCCUCUCUGCCCGGUGCUCUCACCUCCAUCAUUUUAUUCUUUCUCCUCUCCCAGAUCCAGGCUGAGCUGGUUGUGUUCCUCCCAGCGGUCCCCCUCAGACCUAGGGCUAUGCUAAGAAGUUGGCAUAAGCAGCUCUCCUGACAGAAUUUGAGUCACUUGGUUCCUUGAACAGCCCCCUUCAUGCCCAGCAGCCAUUUGUGCCAAUGCCGGUGCCCUAGAGUUUGUGAGGAGAGGUGGAGGGAUCAGUGAGCAGCCUUCCUAGAGCUCUGCAGGAAGGCAAGCUCUCCCUCCCCCCAUGCAAGCCCCACAACUGUGGAAGCCUAGGCUCAGGCUAGGACCCCCGAACCCCAUCCUCACAUUCCUCUUUCCCAGAACCUCGGGAGCAUGCUCAUUGUGACCAGCUAACUCCAUCUGGAUGUGUAGAGGCAAGCAGGGUAGGAAAUGAGCCAGGUACUUGUAUUGCACAGGGACAUCUCCAUAGAGGUCCACUGGUUUAAAGGGACAAGGAAGGAGGAGGGAUGAAACCGUCACCCCCUCCCAGAAAUAAAUCUUGUACCUUUGAGAUUCCAUUAUGCCCAUAAGUCAAACUAAUAACUGUCUAGUACAGAGGUAUUUGCUGAUUUUCUUUGGUGUUUUUUCUAAUGCAAUAAACUCGUUUCUGCCUGCUGCA